AUGUUGAUCCACCUCCAAUUCUCUCAAGAAAUGACGGGUUCACUAUCACGACGAGCCUCAGAGGCUAUUAGUGGGCUGGAUCUGCCAUGGAGGUAUGCACUGAGGGCCACUUAUGACCCAGAUCAUAAUCCAAGUGGAUUGAUAUCGUUCGGUCUAGCUGAGAAUGCCUUGGUAACCAAGGAAAUAAAGGAAUUUGUGGACAAGAACGUUACGAUUUCAACUGAGGACUUUCUAUAUCGUGGCAGCCAUGCAGGUGGUCCUCGUUUUCCGAGAGCCUUGGCAGUGCAUCUGAAUGAAUACCUCCAUCCGCACUUCCCCAUCACUCCAGAUAUGGUUCAAUGUGUCGGUGCCGCUACUGCAAUGCACGAUAUUCUCGCGUGGGCUGUAGCAGAUCCUGGAGAUGCUGUACUAGCAAGUAGACCUAUCUAUGGCCGUUUCGAGGUUGAUUUUGGCAACAAGUCUCAAGUCAGCGUUGUCUACUCCAACAACAAGACUGAAGAGGCGUUCCAUGAUGAUAUUGUUGAAAAGUUCGAAGACGCAUUGCUGCGGUACCAGAAGGCUGGCGUGCGUAUCAAAAUGGUGCUGAUCGUCAACCCCAAUAAUCCGCUUGGGCGGUGCUAUCCUAGCGACGAGAUAUAUGCUUGUUCGGUUUUCGAAACAGAUGAGCCUGCAGUACCCUUUACUUCGAUAUUGUCGAUCGACCCGACCAACCUUCUGGAUCCAGACCUUCUCCAUGUUAUUUACGGUCUUAGCAAAGACUUUGGCGCCGCCGGCCUCCGUCUAGGCGCUAUCAUUACUCGUAGCCAACCUGUGCUUCGUGCAAUCGAGGCCUCUGUGCGUUUUCACAACCCUUCUGGCCCCAGUCUAGCCAUCGGAAGUGCCAUGCUUGAAGAUAGGGCAUGGUGUCGAGCUUUUGUUGACACAACGAGGACAAAGAUUGCCCAGGCCCAUCGACAUAUCACGUCGCAGCUCAAGGAAAUGGGCAUCAAUUACCUACCAGGGAGCAACGCAGGGUUCUUCGUUUGGAUUGACUUGUCCCCAUAUCUUCCAUCUGAGCUGGAUGGCGAGUUAAACCAGGAUUUUGCUUUGGCCAAGAAGCUGCACAAGGAGGGUGUUUUUCUCCAUCCUCGAGAAGAGCACUCACUCGAACCAGGAUGGUUUCGUGUGGUGUACACGCAAGACCCUGAAACGGUAACAGAAGGACUUCAAAGGAUCAAGAGAGCCAUAUCUUGA